UGAUAGUCCAGGGCACCGUCGCUCCCAUCGCGCAGGGAGGGGAUGGAGCAGCCUGCUACCCGGGCUGGAACCAGGACAACCCGCGGCCGCCGCCUCCACGACGCCCUAAUGGACUGAGGCCGGCCUCGAUGCGCCUUUUCUUCCCAUCCUCGGUCGACCAUGACUCGGGUUCGUCUCUGGUGUCAGUGAAGCCUGGGCCAGGGGGUCAGAGGUCGUCCACCCCAACCUGCACUUUUCCCUCUCUCACCCCUGCACUGGCCCUCCUCACCCCUGCCCCACACCUUACCCCGCCUCACCCGAGGACCGGACCAAACCCUAGAACACACGCACACACUCGGGCCCCAAGAUGAUGUGCGAGGUGAUGCCCACUAUCUCGGAGGACGGGCGCGGCGGCGGAGGAGGCGGCUCAUCCUCGCCGGCGGGAGGCGGAGGAGGCACAGGCGUCGGGGGCUACGGCAGCAGGGACCCCCGCGGAGGCGGAAGCGACGAAGGGGGCAGCACGGGAAACCUGGAGUCCCUGAUGGUCAACAUGCUGACGGAGAGGGAGAGACUGCUGGAGAGCCUGAGGGAGACCCAGGACAGUCUGGGGACGGCGCACCUCCGCCUGCGGGAGCUGGGACACGAGAAGGAGUCGCUCCAGAGGCAGCUGUCCAUCGCGCUCCCACAGGAAUUUGCCGUGCUGACCAAAGAGCUGAACCAGUGCAGGGAGCAACUGUUGGAGCGAGAGGAGGAGAUCGCCGAGCUGAAGGCGGAGCGCAACAACACCCGACUGCUGCUGGAACACCUGGAGUGCCUGGUGUCCCGUCACGAGCGCAGCCUGAGGAUGACGGUGGUGAAGAGGCAGGCCCAGUCCCCGGCGGGGGUCUCCAGUGAGGUGGAGGUCCUGAAGGCCCUCAAGUCCCUCUUCGAGCACCACAAGGCUCUGGACGAGAAGGUCCGAGAGCGACUGCGCGUGGCGCUGGAACGCGUAGCCACACUGGAGGAUGAGCUGCAGUCGUCCUCGCAGGAAGUUGUGUCGCUGCGAGAGCAAAUCAAGCGCCGACAGCAAGGACUGGACAAGGAGGUGGUUUCCGGCGCACGUUCCGACAUCAAAGUUCCUCAUUCACUCCAUAAACGUUCUCCACAGCGCCUGCCCAACGGCCCGUCCUCCAUCUUGGAUGACGGCGAGAUUGAGCGACAGAGGGAGGGCGAGAUUGAGCGCCAGAGAUCGGAGCUGGGUCAGCUGAAGGAGAGACUUGCCCUCAUGUGCAGACAGGUGGGAGAGAUUGAGGAGCAGCUGACGUCCGCCAGGAGGGAGCUGGCCCGGUCGGAGGAGGCCAACCAGAAGCUCCAACGGGAUGUGAAGGAGGCGCUGUGUCAAAGAGAGGACAUGGAGGAGAGGAUCACCACACUGGAGCGCAGGUACCUGAGCGCCCAGCGGGAGGCGACGUCUCUCCACGACAUCAAAGACAAGCUGGAGAACGAGCUGGCCAGCAAGGAGUCUCUCUACAGACAGAGCGAGGAGAAGAACCGUCAGCUGCAGGAGCGCCUGGAUGACGCCAAGCAGAAGUUGCAGCAGACCUUGCAGAGAGCAGAGACGCUCCCGGAGGUGGAAGCUCAGCUGGCUCAGAGGGUGGCGGCCCUCAACAAGGCCGAGGAGCGUCACGGAAACUUUGAGGAGCGCCUGCGACAGAUGGAGGCACAACUGGAGGAGAAGAACCAGGAGCUGCAGCGGGCGAGGCAGCGUGAGAGGAUGAAUGACGAGCACAACAAGCGUCUCUCAGACACAGUGGACAAGCUGCUGUCCGAGUCCAACGAGAGGCUGCAGCUGCACCUCAAGGAGAGGAUGGCCGCCCUAGAGGAGAAGAACGCCCUUUCUGAGGAGCUGUCCAACAUGAAGAAACUUCAGGAUGAUCUCCUGGUAAACAAGGACCAGCUGAUAGCGGAGCUGGAACGUCUUCAGCUGGAGUUGGACCAACUGAGGGCGAGGCCCGGCGGCUCUUAUUCCAGUCGAUCCCUGCCUGGCAGCGCUCUGGAGCUGCGGUAUUCCCACGGGGGCGGGUCUCUCCCGAUGGGCUCCACCACUCACCUGGAUGCCUUCGGUAACUCCUCACUCGGGGGCGGAGUCAGGCGGAGUCACCGCGCCCGUUGGAGCUCGGUGCGCGAGGACGCCACCAAGUAUACCGACUGGGAGACAGGGGCUCUGCUGGGGGCGGGCUACGAUCACGGCGUGGACGUGUGCUGCUCCGACGACGAGGACGACGGCGACCAUCGCUUCGGCUCCGAGCUGCUGUCCCCCAGCGGACAGACGGACGUGCAGACGCUGGCCAUCAUGCUGCAGGAACAGCUGGAGGCCAUCAACAAGGAGAUCAAGCUCAUCCAGGAGGAGAAGGAGAACACGGAGCUGCGAGCCGAGGAGAUCGAGAGCCGAGUCAGCAGUGUGGCUCUGGACAGUCCGCCCAUGCCGCCGUCCACGCUUGGGAGGGACGGCACGGGGCGGGGCUUCAUCCCUUCCUCCAUCACCUCCUCCACGCUAGCCUCUCCCUCGCCGCCCAGCUCGGGACACUCCACCCCUCGCCUUCCGCACUCACCUGCCCGCGAGAACGACAGACAGAACAACAAAGACGACGAGCGCUCCCUCGCCCUCCUGGACUCCACGCCUCCUCCAACGCCACGCGCGCUGCGGCUGGACAGGAUGACGCUCACCCACCCUGGGGCGAUGCUGGAAGACUUCCGCAGUCUGUCAGCAGAUGGCAGCAGCACCAACAGCAGCCAGGAUUCUCUGCACAAGUCCAGCAAGAAGAAGAGCAUCAAGUCUUCCAUUGGACGACUUUUUUGGAAGAAGGAGAAGGGCAGGAUGGGUCAGCCUGGACGGGAUGGCUCGUCUUCUCUCGCAUCGACGCCUUCAGAAGACAUGGCCCCUGGAGACCCCAUGGGUUUGAACAAGACCGGCACUUUGGGUCCAGCAGACAAAGAUCGUCGCAGCAAAAAGAAGCACGAGCUCUUAGAAGAAGCCUGUCGCCAAGGUCUGCCCUUCGCGUCCUGGGAUGGACCCACUGUGGUGUCCUGGCUGGAGCUGUGGGUGGGAAUGCCAGCCUGGUACGUGGCGGCCUGCCGAGCCAAUGUGAAGAGCGGCGCCAUCAUGGCCAACCUGUCCGACACGGAGAUCCAGCGUGAGAUCGGCAUCAGCAACCCGCUGCACCGCCUCAAACUACGCCUGGCCAUCCAGGAGAUGGUGUCCCUCACCAGCCCGUCAGCCCCCGCCAGCACUCGCUCCUCGACCAGCAACGUUUGGAUGACCCACGCCGAGAUGGAGUCCCUGAACGCAGCAACCAAGCCGCCGGAGCUGAAAGAGUUCAGCUGGGAUCAGAUUCUGGCGUACGGCGACAUGAAUCACGAGUGGGUGGGCAACGACUGGCUGCCCAGCCUGGGCCUGCCGCAGUACCGUAGCUACUUCAUGGAGUCGCUGGUGGAUGCCCGAAUGUUGGACCAUCUGACCAAGAAGGAGCUGAGAGGACAGCUCAAGAUGGUGGACAGCUUCCACAGGGUCAGCUUGCAUUACGGCAUCAUGUGCCUCAAGCGCCUCAACUACGAUCGCAAGGAGCUGGAGCGCAGGAGGGAGGAGAGCGUGCACCAGAACAAAGAUGUGAUGGUGUGGUCCAACGAGCGGGUCAUGUGCUGGGUGCAGAACGUAGGCCUGAAGGAGUACGCCGACAACCUCCGCGAGAGCGGCGUCCACGGGGCCCUGCUGGCCCUCGACGACACCUUCGACUACACGGACCUCGCCCUGCUGCUGCAGAUCCCCAAUCAGAACACGCAGGCCCGACAGCUCCUGGAUCAGGAGUACAACUCACUCAUCACCAUGGGAACGGAGAGACGACCUGAUGAGGAUGGAACCAAGACGUUCACGCGCUCGCCUUCAUGGAGGAAGAUGUUCCGAGAGAAGGACCUGCGGGGCGUGACCUCCGACUCCGCCGAGACCCUGCCUGCUAACUUCCGUGCCUCCGCCAUCGCCACGCCCUCCGUCACCCUCAGGAAGGUUCAGAGUGACGCCAGCUCCGGUGCCCGGGGUGAGUCUGCCUCCGUGAGGACGUACUCCUGCUGAGGGCGCCACUGACCACGCCGACACCCUCGGAGGGAGCGUCCCAACACUUCAAGUCUGCAAUAACACGCACGGACGGGAACGGGAUGAAGCCAUGAAUGUGUCCUCCCAGCUGGAAGGUACAUCAGAUGUUCUUUGUGGACCAGCUAACGUGUCUUCAUUUCUUCUCUUCAACUAGUCUUUGUUGGCCAACAAGAAGAGGACGUAAACCAGUCAGAGUGACAAAGCGGGGCUCCAUUGUGACGCGAGCAGUAAAACAUGGCCGACAGCGAGCCUCAAACCACAUCACAGGGACGCUCGUCGCCCUUUUGUCUUGAAAGCCGAUACGCCCAGGAAGCUCUUUUUCGAGGCAGACCAUAAUAAUAGGCAUCAAAUGCUCCGUGGGGGGAGGGGCAUGGGGUUCAACCGUCUUGUGGCAGAAACGUAUCUACAAAUUGGAGGUAACUCUGCAGACUGUAAAGACUAAAGUAUCGGGACACAAAACGGCCGACAAACUCGCAGCAAGGUCCAAAAACCAAAAAACACAUGCAAAUGAUAAUUGCUGCAAUUUCAAAAAUCCUGCAUGAUCAAAAACACAAAUGCCAAAAACAACCAAAAUGUCGGGUUAUUUUAUUCAUUAAUUUUUUUUACAGAAUAUUCUACACAUUUUUUACCUAAAUUAGGCAUAAAAAAUGUGGAAAUGCUACAUGCAGUAUGGGCCACUAGAUAAGACCGAACCAAUCAGAACGCUCUGCCUCAGGCAGCAUGACUAUAUUGGAUUGUAAACAUGACUAAAAAGUGUUAAAAAAAUAUUUGGAAGGUCUUAAAAACACGUUUUUAUGCUAUGAAAAUGUUCCAUUUAUAGUUAAUGAUUCAUACUUUGCAUAAAUGAAUACUCCACGGUCAGGCCUGAAACCAAUUAACAUCAAUAAACAAAGAGCGACUACUAUAAGAGAAAUGCUGCAAGUUACCAAGAACACUGGGAAGUUAGCAAUCUUACCAGGAAGUUAGCAAUGCUAUCAGGAAGUUAGCAAUGCUACCAGGAAGUUAGCAAUCUUACCAGGAAGUUAACAAUGUUACCAGGAAGUUAGCAAUACUACCAGGAAGUUAGCAAUGUUACCAGGAAGUUAGCAAUGCUACCAGGAAGUUAGCAGUCUUACCAGGAACUAAACAGUGCUAUCAGGAAGUUAGCAAUCUUACCAGGAAGUUAGCAAUGCUACCAGGAAGUUAGCAAUGUUACCAGGAAGUUAGCAAUGCUACCAGGAAGUUAGCAAUCUUACCAGGAAGUUAACAAUGUUACCAGGAAGUUAGCAAUACUACCAGGAAGUUAGCAAUGUUACCAGGAAGUUAGCAAUGCUACCAGGAAGUUAGCAGUCUUACCAGGAACUUAACAGUGCUAUCAGGAAGUUAGCAAUCUUACCAGGAAGUUAGCAAUGCUACCAGGAAGUUAGCAAUGUUACCAGGAAGUUAGCAAUGCUACCAGGAAGUUAGCAAUCUUACCAGGAAGUUAACAAUGCUAUCAGGAAGUUAGCAAUACUACCAGGAAGUUAGCAAUGUUACCAGGAAGUUAGCAAUGCUACCAGGAAGUUAGCAGUCUUACCAGGAACUUAACAGUGCUAUCAGGAAGUUAGCAAUCUUACCAGGAAGUUAGCAAUGCUACCAGGAAGUUAGCAAUUUUACCAAGAAGUUAGCAACUAUCAGGAAGUUAGCUAGGCUACCAGGAAGUUAGGUAGCCUGAAUAAUGUAUUGUGAUUGUUUUUAUGAUAAAUUAUUUUUGUAUUUUAUGAUUUUUUUAUUCGAAUUAUGAUUAUUUUCAUUGUUAUUUAUUUUUUUAUUUGUGCCGUAUUGUACUGUAAUUUGCUGUAAAACAGUCUGAAUUGCCUUGUGUAGGAAUUGUGCUCUAUAAAUAAACUUGCCUUGCCUUGCUUAGGCUACCAGGAAGUUAGGCAGGAGACCAGGAAGUUAGCCAAGCUACCAGGAAGUUAGCCAUGGUAUCAGAAGUUUAGCCAAGCUACCAGGAAGAUAGCUAGGGUACCUGGGGGACCAGACCUUGAAAGACAUGAGAUGAAUGACCAUAAAAAAAAGUUGGCAGAAUGAAAAGGUACAUUUUUGAUUAUUUUGGUUGGGAUAUAUAUGUCUGCUGAUCCAUAGUAGCCUAGCUCACUUUGGUUUUUGUUCUGGGAACUCGCAGCAUCUCUGUCAAAUGUGUCCACAUGUGUUUGAUCUGUUUUUGGCAUUUGCAGCAUUUUUUUCCUGCAUGUUUUUCAUCGUGUAGCGUUUUUGUGUUUGCAGCCUUUUUAUAGUGUUUGGGUUUAUAUGAUUUCUGUAUUUGGAGU